AUGCUGGGCGAGCCCUCGCGCCACGCGCUGGCCUGGAGCCGCGCCGGCGUGGACUGGGUCGUGGCCAUCCACGGCGGCGGGGCCGGACUGUACGCGGUGGCGGUGCAGCACCUCUCGGACUGGCUGCUGCAGGCGCCGCCCGGGGAGCUGCUGCUCGGACUGUCCCCGGCCCGCGGGCGCGCGCCGUACGACGACGCGAUCUCGGACUGCGCGCGCAGCGCGGCGCCGCUCGCCAAGCGGCGCCACCACGCGGCCGUGCUGGUGGGGACGCCGGCGGCGGUGCGGGCGGAGGCGGCGGCGCUGAGGGCGGUCGGGCGGGAGGUGUGCUGCAUGCCGCGCGCCGCCGCUUGA